AUGGACCUCCUCUCGAGCGUCCGCAAAUCCGGCUCCCGCGGCGGCGUCAACUUUAGCUGGGACGAAGUCGCCAACUCCUCCCACCGCGAAAACUACCUCGGCCACAGCCUCAAAGCCCCCGUCGGCCGCUGGCAAAAGGGCCGCGACCUAAACUGGUACGCGAAAGGCGGCGACGACGACGCCGGCGCGAUAGAGGGCGAGACGGAACAAGAGAGGCAAGAGCGCGAGCGGAAAGAGGAGCUGCGGAAGAUCAAAGAGGUCGAGGAGGAUGCGCUUGCGCGCGCGCUGGGAUUGCCUGUGCCGCAGCGGGACUCGUCGGGCGCGAAUGCGGUUGAGGUGAGCGGGGCUAGGGGUCUCGGCGGUGGUGCCGGGGCUGGUGAUGCGAAGCCGCUAGAGGAGGAAGGGGCCAAGGGUGGGCUUGUUGUUAGUGAGAAGAGGGAGCGGAGGGAUCGUGAUGAGGAUAGGGAGAGAAGGCGGAGGCGGAGUAGGAGUCGUAGCCCCCGAAGAGAGAGGAGGAGGGAUGGCGAGAGGAGACGGAGUCGGGAUCGGGGCGCGGAGCGCGGAGAGGAGAGGCGUCAUCAUCAUCGCCGCGGCGAAGGGAGGGAGCAUGGUGGUCGGGAGCGGAGAGAUCGCGAUCGCGAUCGCGAUGAGGGGCGGGAGAGGCGGCAUCAUCGCAAGGCGAGAAGCCGGAGCCGUGAGGGUGAAGAUAGAAUCCCAUUUUAUGACUCAACUUCAACCUGGUCUGCGGAUUGA